ACCAGGCGCACCUAGAUUAAACAUAGAAACGGGCAUCGUUGGUUACCGUUUGUAACUGAUUCAAGAAAAACCAAUUGACGAGCGCCUUUUUGCUUCUUUUAUAUAUAGGAAAAAGGCGAGCGAGGACGGAGUGAGACACCAACUGUAUCCAACAUUGACCCCAUAUGCCACCAUCCUCAUAGUCUAUGCUCAUCAUCGCCGUAUCCAUUUCCAAUCCCUACCUCCUCAAAGACCCUAGACUCACAUUGUCGCAUACCAAAAGGGCACAAAUCUGUUACCGCUAACUGCUACCCUUCGCUUGGCUUGGCUACCAAGCUACCUUCUUUUGGCCUCUUUCUCACACCACACACCUCAACUCUCUCUCUCUAUACACGCCCCAAGCCUCUCCCCCAGACACAGCAAACCUCCCGUCUCGAGUGUUCGCAGCAAACGGAAAACGGGGGCUUUUUCCCUAAACCCAGUGCGUGACGACAAGCCCCAAAGUUCAUAUAAACAUCCUCCCCCCGAUUCGGCGCUCGAUCUUCUUCUCCCCUCUUUCUCGGCUAGACUAUGCAUUCCUAUUACAAGAUGGGCGACUCAGGUUUAGGAACGAUAUCCGGCGGUUUACGAGGCCGUCGCUUCCCCAUCCGACUCAUCUUGUCCUACCUUUCCGACUGGAUUAUUUGCUUCGCCUUGGUUGGUGUCGGAGGUUGGCUCGACAAAGUUGCGCCAGCCAAGCGACCAUUUUCACUUGUCGAUCCCAACAUCUCAUACCCUUUUGCCGAACAUGAACUCGUCCCCGCCUACCUCCUCUUCGUCCUCGCCAUUGGCGUGCCCUUCGUCAUCGUCGCCGUCGUCUCUUUGAUCUUUGUCCCUGGCCCGACCGUUCCCAAAGGCACCCCAAAGACUCUCAUCUGGCAGCGAAAACUGUGGGAGUUACAUGUUGGUGUUUUAGGACUUGUCCUCUCCCUCACGCUGUCGUGGUUUUUCACCAGCUCGAUGAAGAACCUCUUUGGCAAACCUCGACCCGAUCUCCUCUCUCGCUGCGAACCUGACAUAGCAAAUGUUGAGAAAUAUCUUGUCGGUGGUUUUGAAUGGCGCAACAUGACCGGCCAGCUCGUUUCCGCUGCCAUUUGCAAACAAAAAGACAAGUACAAGAUCGAUGAUGGUUUCCGUUCGUACCCUAGCGGUCACUCAUCUUCUGCCGCUGGCGGCCUCAUCUACGCUUCACUCUUCAUGGCCAGCAAAUUUGCGAUUACUAUCCCGUUUGUUAUGCCUUCGGCUGCCGCUGCUGCGGGAGCUGCCAGUCAUGCUGCUUUCCCUUCCCGUAUCAGCACUGGCCCUAUUGUCGAUCCCUAUGAACCUUCGCGCGCCCGCGGCCUCGAUGGAUCUUUCUCUUCUGCACCCAUGAAAGGCCAAGAAACCGCCAAGGUCCAGUCUCUGCGCCGCCAAGCUGCUGCGCCCCCGAUUUAUCUCCUUGCUCUUGGCCUUGUGCCUUUUGGCGUCUCCAUCUUCAUUGCUGGUUCGCGCUGGCACGACCGUCGCCACCACGGUUUUGAUAUUCUGUUUGGUUACUUGAUGGGUCUCAUUGCCGCCAUCUUUGCCUUCCGUUACUACCAUUUGCCAAUCCGUGCUGGCGCAGGCUGGGCAUGGGGUCCUCGAAGUGACGAGCGGGCCUUCUGGGCUGGCGUUGGACGACAUGGCUAUGCUGGCACAGACGAAGAGCUUGGCUCAUAUGCGCAAACACGACAUGACACGGGUGUGUCUGGAGACACAUCAUACCCACCCAUGACAUCUGCUCUGGCACAGCGAAACGUUCGCUCGACAUCGAACCAAGAAGAGCCUCGACCUAGCCAGAACUUUCAAGACGUGGAACUGCAACGCAUGGACGACUCGGAUCGUCUGGAGAACAGGUUCCCCGAUAAUCGGUUCGCUGAGAGCCGGUACGGUGACGCACACUACGCCGAACAUCGUGUCUAAGAUCCUUGGAGCAGCUGUACAUAAAGACGGCGAGUCUCUGAGGAAAGCCAUGUCAUUAUAUAUGUGUGUGUGUGUAAUUUUUCAAUUGCUGUGUGUACGGUAUAUCCAUGUUCAGGGGCAAAAGAAAUACCCGUGGAAUAUCGGGAAGGGUUGGAUUUCCUUGUUUAUAACAGGUAGCGAAAGGCUUGGACAGAUAGAAUACUUGAUAUUUGGUACGAUAUGAUACGAACAAUGAAAUGACCGAUUAUACAUCUGCAGCCUGGCAUUAAUACGACGCUCACUGUGCAACCAAGAUUAACUUGCGGGAUAAAUCCAGGGGAUCCAAAUACCCCUUUGCAAGGAGCGCAUUUAUCAGUGACUAGUUCACUUGGGGACUCGAUAUAGUAGAAAACAGACGCUUCUUAUUGAACAACUAUAAUUCAAGAAAAUACUAU